UCCAAAUAGACGAAUUAAAGCGAUCAGUGGGGCGUAUUGAGUUUGGGAAUAGUUGGAUAGAGUGUGGAAAUGAUAUUUUUGGAUCGGCGCUACUGAGAGCCGACGUUGAAUUUGAUGGUUGGUCCGAAGUAAUCUGGGUAUUCAGUACGGGACUUUUAUGUGACCUGUGUAGUGAGAAGAGCCAUGGAGGUCUACCGGAGGUCCUCAUGGCUAUUGCUGCUUCUUGGAGUGUCCCUUCUCGCCACUACCUUGCAGGGUGUGCAAGGAGAGGUUGAGCCUGAAGGCCCGUCAGAAUCCGAAUGCAGGCCUUACAUCGAGAAGGCCCUAAAGGAGCUGGAAAUUGGAGAAGGUGCGGAAGGUGCGGAAGGCGCCGAAUCCACGGAAAGUGGAGGAGAUAGCAAGGAAGAUUUACCAACCAUCGAAAUCACUACAGACGACUCCGAUCAAAACCAAACGGAAGACGGAGAUAACGCCAGUAUCGAGACCGAAAUCGAACCUGAUACGCAAGAUGAACUUGAUGCUGAACCACAACAAUCCGAAGAAAAGGUAGAUGAGCAGGAAGCAAAAAGCGACGACGAAGCAGCUACUGAUGAAGUGAAAGACGACGACCCAAAGGAUGAAGAAGGCAGCAAAGAAGACGACCAAAAAAGCGAAGAAGCCUCGGCAGCUAGCAAAGAAGACGAAGCUGUAGCCACUGAAGCAGAAUCCACCGAAACCGAAGAAAAACAAGAGGAAGCAGCCAGCAAAGAAGAAGCUCACAGUCAAGAAGAUACCGAAAACAAGGAGGAAGAAAGCAAAGAACAAGCUAACGAAACCGAUACUAGGGAAGAAAGCGCUGAGCAACCCGAGAAAGUAGAUGAGGAGGAAGAGAAAGGUGAGAGCAAAGAAGAAGAGAAAGCGGAAGAAAGCUCCGAAGAUAAGGAUAAAGCUGAAAGCAAAGAGGAAGCAGAAGAACAAAAAGAAUCUGUAGAGACCAAAGAAGAAAGUGUUGAAGAAGCGGGCGAAAGCAAGGAGGAAGAAAAGAAGGAAGAAAGUCGGGAAGCCGAAGACAGCAAGGCUGAAAGUGCUGAGGAAAGCAAAGAAGAAGCUGAACCUAAAGAACAAGAUGAAGGAACCGCCAGAGAAAAGCGUGACGUAUCAGCUGAAGAAACAAAAGAAGAUGAUAAGGCCUCAGAAGAAAACAAAGAAAGCGUAGAGGACGAUAAGACCAGCAAGGAAGACACUGAAGAAAGUGCCGAAGAUGAUGAAAAAAAAAGUGCAGAGGAGGGCGAUGGUGAGAGUGCUGAAGAAGCCCCAGAAGAUGAACUUACUUUGGAUAUCGAAAUCCCUGACGAUCUCAGAUCAAGGGAUCACGUUGAACAGCUUUUGAAAAUCGAUCAAGAUUCCACUGAUACCGAGAAUAUUAUCAACAAAGUUUCUGAUGUAACUUUAAAGGAACUUAAGAAGUUGUACGAAAAUGCUAUUAAGCCUUUGGAAGUUUUGUAUAAAUACAGAGAUCUCAGCAACAGACAUUUCGGAGAUGCAGAAAUCUUCUCUAAACCUUUGAUUCUUUUUAUGGGACCAUGGAGCGGAGGUAAAUCUUCUAUUGUCAAUUAUUUGACUAACAACGAAUUCAAUGAGACGUCUUUGAGGACAGGUGCUGAACCUUCUCCUGCCUACUUCAACAUUUUGAUGCAUGGUAAUGAGCCCGAAGUAGUCGAUGGUACUGAGAUGGCCGCCGAUUUCACAUUCUCCGGUUUGCAGAAGUUUGGACAAGGUUUGGAAGAACGUUUAAGAGGAGUUAAGUUGCCAUCAAAAUUGUUAGAAAAGGUUAACAUUGUGGAAAUUCCUGGAAUUCUGGAAGUAAGGAAACAGAUCUCAAGAGUAUUUCCAUUCAAUGAUGCUUGCCAGUGGUUUAUUGACAGAGCUGAUAUUAUUUUCUUGGUUUACGAUCCUUCUAAACUUGAUGUAGGACCAGAAACUGAGGCUAUUUUAGACCAACUUAAGGGAAGGGAACAUCAGACAAGGAUAAUUUUGAAUAAAGCCGACCAAGUGAAACCAGAAGAGUUGAUGAGGGUGCAAGGAGCUUUAAUCUGGAAUAUUUCGCCAUUAAUGUCAUCACCACAACCACCAAUAAUGUACACUACUUCGCUAUGGUCCAGGCCAUACGAAUCCUGGGCCCCAGUCAGGCUUUUGCAGGCGCAAGAAAGGGCUUUCCUAAGAGAUUUACGAGGAGCUAUUGAUAAACGAAUUGAAAAUAGGAUAGCCAGUGCACGAAGAUUCGCUGUCCGUGUACGUAAUCACGCAAAGAUGGUGGACUGUUACCUAACGACAUACUACAACCACAAAUCAGUAUUUGGAAACCGCAAGCAAGUAGCCGAUGCUAUAAUCGAACACCCACAAGAUUACCACAUUUACGAAGGUCUCUCAACAUUAACGAACAUCUCUCGUUACGAUCUGCCAGAUCCAGAUGUAUACAAGGAGUUCUUCAAGUUAAAUCCUUUGUACGAUUUUCAACAAUUGUCGGCAACUUGCACGUAUUUCAGAGGCUGUCCAAUCAACAGAUUGGAUGUAGCGAUUGCCUACGAUCUACCAGAGUUGGUUGGAACUCACAGACGUAACGUCGAGACUGCGUUAGCUGAGGCUAAUCCCACAUCGGCUCCAGGAAGUUGAGCCCCCAAAAUAGGACCAAGUAUUAUCCCUUCUCUAGCAGGACCCAGUCCUGCAUCAACGACUCUUGAUACGUUCAUUAAAUCGUAAACGAGCGUUGUCAAAGAGUCAAGUAACUCAAUUCAUUUUACCCAUUGCUGUGCAUAUCAUCCUUUUGGACUGAUGUGAAAAGUGAAAGUGCAUUAGACUAUAAUCAGCCACGCUAAAUGCUUCUACCAUUGUUUCCUGCCAUUUGUUUUAAUCGCAUUUAAGAAUUUUUGCAAUCGGAGUGUUCAUACAGAAAAAUGAAAAAGUCAAGUCGACGAUUAUUUCAAAGAGAGUCAGUUAUUUAAUUAAGUAUAUGUAUGUAUUUUUUGACACCAGAUGUACAAUUCCUUACCAGCUUUACUAAAUUUUAAUGACAGUGUUCUUUAAUUUAUCUAGUAAUAAUAUUACGAAUGUACAGAUAAUUAAUAUAUACUGUUGUAUUUAGAUUUUAAUUUAUUUAGUUUAUAUUUUUUCGUGUCAUUUUCUUUCUCAUCGUUCGAUUUAUUUAUCAAAUGUGUUAUACUGUAAGAAGACAUAGGUUAAGUAAUACAAUACAAAUAAAAUUAUUUUAAUUUGUA